AUGAGAUGCAGCCGUGUCACAUUUUGUAGACUUGAAAUUCACAGGCAACUUGAGGUUUAUCUGCGUCACUAUAAGUGCAGCAGCCAUUCUUCCGCUGCCAUUCCCUCGGCGGUUGCUGCAACGCCUGUGCCAUUGGUGCUCAAACCAACCUUUUUAGUGAGCGCCUGCCUCUUAGGAGAGCCUGUCACGUAUCGUGGUGAGAGUAUUAAACCACGUAACCCGUGCUGCACGCCAAUCGGAUUUAUCGUUGAUUUCUUGUGGCGUCGGUGUGGUUUGAUUGACUGUAUUGCAGUGUGCCCUGAGAUGGAUGUUUUAGGUAUGCCGUCACCACGGCCCCCAUUACGUUUAGUACGCGAUGCAGCAACUGGGCAGCGCUCAGCGUUAUCGUCUGAUGUUGCUGUGAGGUUGCCUCUGACACCAUUCACUGAUAACUGGACGGAUGAUAGCGGACUUAAGCAAAGGUUGACGCUUAGGGAUCCGCGAUUGGUUGAGGAACUUCUGCAAAAGCGGCUGAUGGGUGUCGACGGUUGCGUGCUUAAAUCCCGUUCUCCAAGCUGCGGUGUGGGCGAUGCAAGACUUUACAACAAUGUGGCGGGAGGAAAGUACGUGAAGACGGAUGGUUUUUUCGUGGAGUCGUUCAUCCGUUCCUUUCGUUCGGAUGGUGAGGCACCUUUACCGGUUGUAACAGAGAAGUCAUUGUAUUUUGAUGAUGACAAGGUGCGAACAAGAAUGAACGAAGCGAAGAAAAGUUGUAAUUGUGGUGUGCUCGCUUUUUUAAAUAGUGCGUUGAAGCGUCACGAAGCCCGAAAAGGCAACAGUGCUCUUGUUUCUCACCGGUAUCCCUACUGA